AUGGCGGGUCAGCUGAAUUAUAUUUACAAGGACUUCAGAGGGCCUUCAAGAAUCUUCCUGAAGAAGGGACCUCUAAGGUCCAGACCAUCUUCCCUGGUCGAUUACUUAAACUCUGGCGAUUUACAAGGUAUCCUGGAGACUGCGGCCAAAUAUUAUUUACAGAUUACCCAGCAGGACACAUCUUCUGCCCAUUUCUUUACUACUACUGAUGGAGAGAAGAUAAAAAUAGAUGCACGUAGCAUUCGUGAGAUACCACUGUACAGAGAGGAAAGUUAUGGGAAAAUGCUGGUUUUGGUAAACCCCAAGCAGACAGAGACAGUUCUGGCAAUGUACUUAAAAGGCACCUGGUGGCCUCUUGAUGAAAUCUUACGAGCAUCCGUCCCCAGCAGAGAAGGUCUUUUACAGGUCCAAACGUUUGGAGACCGCGUUGCCCUCUUUGCUCUAAACUGCCUGGUGUGCGGGUUUGCGGAGAAUGCUGGUUUAGAGGACGGCGUCCGCUUCCUUCCACACUCGGCAGGAGAGCUGGCCAGGAUCCUGUGGCACUGCGGCGGUUUAUGUAGCAGCAGUAACAGCCAAUGUUACCUGCUGCCUGUCCUGGACACAAUCUUUGUCCGAACAAAAUGGCGGAGGCAAGGCUUUGGGACAAAAAUGUUACAAGAUUACUGCAAGACCUUUGCACGGGAAUCUGCCUUGGGUAUCAGCUGCCCCAUUUCCACAGCUAUGUAUCACGUGUGUGCCAAGUUCUUAAUGGAUCAUCCCAAAGAAAGAGAUCGUUUGUGGGAAGUGGAUGCCCCGGGUGACUGGAGUCAGCGUACAAACAUCUGGUUAAGCAUUCAACUUAGAGAGGCCCCAGCAAUUCAGAAGACUCCUUCAGUCAACAUUAUUGGGCCUGCAGAUGCCAAUACCUGUCUACUGGAAGGGCACAGUCAGGAUCUUGAUGAUAAACAGAAACCAGUCUCUUCUGAGAAUGACUUAGAUGUUGUGUUCAAGACACAGCUUGACAGCAAAAACAAAAGACAUCAGGAAGACAGCAAUGAAGAAAUUAUUCCAAAACAAAGAAAAACAAACUGAGAUUGCAAAGGCUCCCGAGUAUUCCACUGUGAUUUUCUUAAUGUUUGUAUAUCAGAAGUGAGUUCUGGAAAAUGAUUUGAAUGGUAAUUAUAUGUGCUAGCCAUAUGUGUUCUCACUGUGCACACGGUUAAGAAAAUAUAUAUGCAGCAACGGGGACAAGGAGAAACUGACCCAGGGAAGCAGGGCUUCACCAAGUGACAUCACGUCAGACCCCCAAGAGUUCCCU